AACAGGUUUUAACAGUGUGAAAAUACCUUCCAACAGCCAUGAUGGAUAAAGAGGAGACCAGUGACACUGACAGUGGGAUCAUUCUCAACUCUGGUCCCGACAGCCCCACGUUGCCAGUCAAGGACCUGACCACCCACACCCGGGCCAUGAGGCUGAAGCACCAGGCUCUGGAGAACAGGCUGGAGCUGUGUCUACUGGACCUCAAGAAGCUCUGCAUUAGAGAGGCUGAGCUGACAGGUAAGUUGUCUUCUGACUACCCCCUACUUCCUGAUGAGAAGCCACCUCGUGUCCGGAGGAGGAUAGGAGCUACCUUCAAACUGGAUGACAGCCUCAUCCACCAGGAUGGAGAGGAUUCAGAGCUUCAUUCCUUAGAGGCAGAACUGGCCUUACAGCUCCAGAUCGUUGAAGCGGCCCGUAGACUCUCAGUGGAGGAGCACCUGUCCAAACCACAGAAGAAGAGCAGGCUGCAGCAGUGUAAGAGGGAAGAUAGGAAAGUUAAGGACCUCCAGGAAGCUGUGUUUCAGCACAGGAUCAGAAACGAGUGCUCCUCUCCACCGACCAACAAGAACAACAACACAGCCAAACACAGAGGUGAAUGCUGUGCCUGUGCUACUGCUGCCCCCAUCUGGCCACAUUGGGCUCUGCAGUCUGCAGGGAGCUUAGGUUAUACAGAAUCACAAUUUCUAAACAUUGUGAGACUUCCGGGAACGCUUGCGAAGCAAACCAAGCAGACCAGUUCCCUGUCUGAUGCAGUGGCCCUGGACGAUGACUCUCUCUCUUCCUCAUCAUCUGUAGACCCACUCAUACAGUCCUCUGUGGGCUCCCUGUCCCUCCAGUCCUCCUCCUCCCAGGGCAGUCUCCAUCACACCUCAGCCCAGAGCCAGAGCCUCGGCUCCAGCUGCAGGGUGGAGCAGACCCAGACCUCCAGUAUGGGCUCCAGCUGCAGUGUGGAGUUUCCUGAGCGCUCCCCCAUCCAGAACUCCCCCUGGAGAGAGUCUAAUCUGGACCAGCCCUAUCUGAAACCUAACACUGUCUGCAGCAGCAGGCCCAGAAGUCCAGUAGAGACCCCAGUAGGGACCCCAGUGUUCCCUGCAGACAGCAGAGUCCUGCCCUCCCACUUCCCCUCCAUUAAGAACCUGGCUCUGAGACAUGGACAGAUCAACUCCUCCAGCGCCCCCUCUACUCCAGAGCUGCACGUACGCAGACAGUACUCCCUGUCCUUCAGGCUUCCCAGAAGUAAGCCCACUCAUGACCUGGGUGAGGGACGUGGGAGAGCCAGGUUGCCACGCCGACGGCCAGAGUUCCUGGUUCGGUCUCCACAGUACACCCCCCAGCGACUGUACCAGUCCAGCUCUGAACACUCUGUCCCAUCCUACACCAGCCCCCAGCGACUGUACCAGUCCAGCUCUGAGGACAGCAGCUCUGAACACUCUGUCCCCUCCUACACCAGCCCCCCCAGCCGGGACACGGACAGAGAUAAUCACAAAGACAGGGAGGGCCCCGCAUCUCCCGAGAUCCCCAAGCUCUGCCCUCCUCCCUAUGGCUUCCACUACGGAGCCCAAACUCCCACCAGCCCUGCAUUGAAUGGCUCCAGCUUUCACAAGAAAAACAACCAGCACCGGUCCUCUCCCAGCUUGAGAAGAAGAAUGGCAGAGGAAGGCACCUGUUCCCCUCUUUCCCCACAGGACCUGGGCAGUCCCCUGGGGAAGGGUCUUUACCUGUCCCCCUCCCGGCUCCCCCAGCCACAGCAGCAGCACAGACACUGGCAGCAGGGGCCCCCACCGUCAUCCCCCAGGAGAGUUCUGAAGCCUCCACCCCCCUACACUCGCCUGGUACAUACCCCGUCAUUGAGGGAGUACCCCAACCAACCUGCCCGGGUGUUGCCCAGGGAGAUGUCGUCAGACGAGCUCAAGUCCUGGAACCAGUUCCAGAAGUCACGCCCGAGUUCCCUGGAAGGCCAGGGGUCGUUCAGAGUGAAGAGCCCCACGUCCCCUCACCUCCCGCCCUACCUGCAGGGUCCCCACCAGAAGCGGAUCCUUCAGAGGGCUGCAGAUGGAACUCCUGUACAGUGGUUUGUUGAAGAGGACUCGGAGAUCGUCAGCCAGGUGUAACCACAGCCAUAUACUGUACAUGGUACACAAUAUAUAUCUAUGCAGUAUAUGUCUCUGGCUGUAACCAGGGGGAGUUGCCCUACUGUAGUAUAUGUCUCUGGCUGUAACCAGGGGGAGUUGCCCUACUGCAGUAUAUGUCUCUGGUUGUAACCAGGGGGAGUUGCCCUACUGUAGUAUGUCUCUGGCUGUAACCAGGGGGAGUUGCCCUACUGUAGUAUAUGUCUCUGGCUAUAACCAGGGGGAGUUGCCCUACUGUAGUAUAUGUCUC